AUGCGCACCGUGGAGUUUCGCUCAGAGCGUCAAACAAAUAAGGAAACAACGAAAACUACCAGAAGCCCAGUCACCACGGCUGGUCUCCUAAUUUGCAGUGCUGUUUUAGGAGUCUGGCCUGUUGCUCUGACAGCCUCCCCUGGUUAUUUGCCCAGUUCUGGGCCAACAAGACACCUGCCCAUAUGUGCUACAGAGCUGAGAGCUAAGGAUCUUUCUGUGAGACAGGGAGACCCUGUGGAAGAUUCCAGGCAGUGGCGAGUGCAAGAUGAUUAA